AUGUAUGUGGACAUGAUGAAGAUAUGGAGAAAUGAAACAUCACAGCUGUUUGAGAUGCAGACAGUCAUGCUGAAGUUCUUGUUGGUUAUUUUUUGGUUUAUUGCAGGUGGUGAGUGUAGGACAGUAACUGUUCAGACUGGUGGAUCUGUUGUUAUUCCAUGUCAUUAUGAAAGUAAAUACACCCAACACAAGAAAUACUGCUGCUAUCAUUACUAUGGAAUUUACAACUUCUGCUCCAUUCUGGCAUAUGCAAAUGAAACCAAAGGAGACGUGUCAGUAAUUGAUCAUCCUGAUCAGAGUUUAUUUACUGUCACUAUGAGAGACCUUCAGGAGCAAAACACUGGAACUUACUGGUGUGCUGUGGAAAUUAAUGGAGUUAUCUAUGAUGUGACAGAGUGGUUUUAUAUCACAAUCCAAUCAGCUCCUGAUGUCUCUGUGAUGUCCAGCAGUGUAACUGUAGAUGAAGGUGGUAAUAUCAGUGUACAGUGUCUCUACACUUCUACAUUUAAGAAUGAACACAAACAGUGGUGCAGAUAUAAAGACAAGAGAUGUUACACAGUGGGAAGAUCUGACACAUCCCAGAAUGCCUCAGUUGAGAUCAGUGAUGAUGGGAUAAGAUAUUUGACUGUGGUGAUGUCUGGACUGAUGAAGAGUGAUUCUGGCUGGUAUUACUGUUCUGUAGGACAUCUACAGGCUCAUGUUCAACUCACAGUCACUGGUAAAACUCAUUCAAUAAUCAAAACUACAGAUGUGGAAGUUCCCUUUCGAGAAUGGUCUCUCGACAUUGCGUCAGAGGCUGACACUAUGGAAGCUCCUCCCCUAUUCCGAUUCUCUGAAGCUUUUUCAUAG